UGUCCAAAUCCAUAGAAAGAGACAAAGCAAGGGGCAUGUGAGCGCCACUUAGAUUCAUUCAUCCUUUUCUCUCUCCAAUUUCACAACAAAACUAAGCUGUUUCUGCCCUUUCUUCCCUCCUUUUACUUGGUCUCUCAUAUUCCAAAGACACUUUCACAUUACACAAACUCAAAUUAUUAUAUUAUAUAUACUAUUUGCAUUGAAGAAACAUGAAUUGAGGUUGUUUUUUCAUUCCUUCAUUUGGCUUCUCAUUUUGGUUGGUGAGCUUGAACCUGCAUCCUAUGCAGCCUCUCAAGUUUCCAAGUGGAGUCUUUCUAUUCAUGUGGAGGCCAUGAUUUGAAGAGGCUCUUCUCAGAAUCUCACUGCUGAAAAAAAAGGGAACUUUGUCACUUUGUUUAGCUCCCACAAGCUGAAGCUUUCUUUGUGAUCAAACUUUAUCUGAUUCAGUAUUUUUAGGAUUCGAGUCCAGCUCCAGUCAAGUUUAAUUUGCAAUGAAGUGUUUUCCAUUUAACUAUGGAGAGAAAAAGGAUGAUCCUAAGAACUUUCUAUCGCUUUCGGGUCGGUCCAACAUGUCUACUUAUGUUGAGGGUGAGAUGAAGAGAUCUGGUUCCGAAUUGAAUUCUCAGGAUGUCUCAGACAACAGCACAGAUUCCUUCAGGAGGAAUGCAUUUCCAAGUAUGUCACAGAGACCCAGCAACCUCAGAGUAUUCUCUGUAUCCGAGCUGAAAUCAGCCACGAAGAAUUUCAGCCGGUCCGUUAUGCUUGGAGAGGGUGGCUUUGGGUGUGUCUACAAGGGACUUAUCAAGAGUGCUGAUGAUCCUUCAAGAAAAAUUGAAGUUGCAGUCAAACAACUUGGUAAAAGAGGGAUUCAGGGUCAUAGGGAAUGGGUUACAGAAGUGAAUGUUCUAGGCAUAGUUGAGCAUCCUAAUCUUGUGAAACUAGUUGGAUACUGUGCCGAAGACGAUGAAAGAGGAAUCCAGCGGCUUCUAGUUUACGAAUACAUGCCAAAAAGAAGUGUUGAACAUCAUUUAUCCCCUAGAUCAGAGACUCCUUUACCAUGGAGCAUGAGAUUGAAGAUAGCUCAAGAUGCAGCUCGUGGCUUAACAUACCUGCAUGAGGAAAUGGAUUUUCAGAUCAUUUUCAGAGAUUUCAAAUCUUCAAAUAUCCUUCUGGAUGAGGAGUGGAAUGCAAAGCUAUCUGACUUUGGUUUAGCAAGAUUGGGACCAUCUGAUGGAUUAACUCAUGUCUCAACUGCGGUAGUAGGAACAAUGGGGUAUGCAGCUCCUGAAUAUGUUCAAACCGGCCGACUCACCUCAAAGAGUGAUGUAUGGAGCUACGGUGUCUUCCUUUAUGAACUCAUUACCGGCAGGCGCCCCAUCGAUAGGAACCGGCCCAAGGCCGAGCAGAAUCUGUUGGAAUGGAUAAGGCCAUACCUCUCAGAUAGUAGGAAAUUUCAAAUAAUAUUGGAUCCAAGACUUGAGAGGAAGCACCUCUUAAAUUCGGCACUGAGACUAGCCAGAGUAGCUAACCAAUGCUUGGUUAGAAAUCCGAAGAACCGGCCUAAGAUGAGUGAGGUGUUAGAAAUGCUGAACCGGAUCAUGGAUUCUUAUGUAAAUGCCAAUCCACAGGCACCAUUGAGCUUUGUAGAAUCAAUAGAAGCUUCCCAUGACACUGAAAUAAACAAGAAGAAAAGGUUCAUUAUGGAUAUAAAAUCUGCAGAUUGUAGUAAUUGGUUUAGGAUGUGGAGACCAAAGGUUAUAAGAGCAUGUUGAUUAUUAUAUUCUUAGCUUUUAAGCCAAUCAAAUAACCCUAUGAAUUUGAAGCAACAUUUUCUUUGUUACUCUUCAUCAUCUCCUCUAACAAAGUGUACAUAGCUGCCAUAAAGUUCUACACUUACCAUAUGAGUGGGUUCUGCAUUAUUCAAGAAAUUUUAGAAAAUUCUAAGGAUGCUACUCUACCAAUGUUUCUAUAUGGAUGUAUAAUUGUACAUUAUUGAAUGAGCUGAGUUAUAUGCAAAGAAAUAUUAUAUAGAUAAUCUAUUUUUCAUAUACCUCAAAGAAGCUCUAUCAUAAUUUCUAUUUGAUUUGUAUAGAUUUUACAGGUUAAUUUCAUGAAUAUGGGUUUAAAUUUUUUGUAAGUUAAAAAAAAUAUAUAUAUGAAUUUA